GGCAUGCCAUCCCUAAAUCCCACAGAUUUCCAGUCCUAGGCGAUUCUUCGAAUCUAAUAGAGUUCAAGGCGGAAUCGCAGCGAGUUCUCGAGUUUUUAUGGCGAAACCAUGGUUAUUUCUCGGAAUCCUAUUGAGUUUAUGGAUAAUUGGUAGAUAUCUGCCAAAUUCGUGGAACCUCAAGUUGCAGAGAACAAAGCCAUGUUCGCUGUGGAGGGAGCCAACGUGGAACCCCCUCCUCCCCGGGUAUACCCCUCUCGCAGAGAGCGUAGGUCGAAAAACAAAAAAGCAUACAGAGAUCGGGCAGCAGGGCGUAAGCUACCUGGUGCUGCCCAGGCCGUCGCCCCAGCCGGCGCCCAGGCCAUCGCCCCAGCCAACGCCCCAGCCAACGCCCAGGCCAUCGCCCCACCCGUCGUCCAGGCCCCGCCCGUCGCCCCACCCGUCGCCCCAGCUGACGCCCAGGCCAUCGCCCCACCUAUCGCCCAGGCCAUCGCCCCACCCGUCGUCCAGGCCCCACCCGUUGCUGCUCCAGAGAUGGGUGGGUUCAUUCCAGAUGUCCCUCUGUUUGGCCCUCAGGGCAGCAACUAGGGGUUCUAUCUGUCUAUAGUGAUCGUAUCUGAUUCACGAGGGUUGUUUAUAUGGGAUUGGAUCAGAUUUGGUUUAGCGGUCUAUGAGAUUGGAUCAUUUAAACUGUUUUCUUUAUCUGUCACUAGGGGGUUUCUGCUGGCUCAGGCUAAACCUUUGAAUUAGGCCUAUUAUCUUUCAUUGUACUGGAUUAUUAUUUAUGGUACCCAAGUUAUGGAAAAUCA